AUGCCUUCCUCUCUCUAUGUGCCCUUUCUCCUCGUUGGCAUGCUCCUCACGGGCUCCAGCAAUUCUAUAUGGUCCAAGUAUCAGGACAUGCAGUGUGUCGAGAACUGUUCUGAUCCAAAUCCCGCCAACCAUGUCCUCUACGAGCAGCCAGUCUGGCAGACGCUGCAGAUGUUCAUCGGAGAAAUGCUAUGUUUUUUGCCCGUUAUAUACACGUGGUUAAAUACUAGGCGGCAAUCUUCCGUCCAACUCGAGGACGAUUCCGAUCAUGAUCCUCUCAAUAAGCUCGCUUCCCAGCCUCUCCAAGGCUGGAAGGUCCUCCUCCUUUGGAUACCGGCAGCUUGUGAUCUCACUGGCACAACCUUGAUGAAUGUCGGUCUCCUCUACACCCCCGUCUCCAUUUACCAGAUGACCCGGGGCGCUCUCGUCUUGUUUGUUGGUGUGUUUAGUGUCAUGUUUCUCCGACGCCGCCUUUGGCUCUAUCAAUGGGUAUCCCUCAUUAUCGUCAUGGCCGGCGUUGGCUUGGUAGGUUGGAGCGGUUCACUCAUCAAGGAUGCCGUCAAAGAGUCUAUUGUUCAUAAUCUCGCUCGUGCUCUCAAUCUCUACCACGAUCCCCAUACCAAAGCAAUCGAGGAUCCUCAAGUCACCAGCGUCCUUGUCGGUAUAUUCUUCGUUUUGUUUGCGCAGGUAUUCACUGCCACUCAGUUUGUUGUCGAAGAAAAGAUCAUGAGCCGAUAUUCCGUGUCCCCCCUUGUCGCCGUCGGUUUUGAGGGUCUCUUUGGUACCAUCUCCGUUCUCAUGUUUGUUCCCAUUAUGGCCAUCCCAUCCAUAUCUGCAAUAUCUCCCUUCUUUGACCUUCCCCGCGGCUGGUAUCAAAUGAUCUACACACCAACAGUUCUAUACUCUGGGCUUGCCAUUUGUCUCAGUAUAUCUCUUUUCAACUUCUUCGGACUGAGCGUUACUCGGCAUGUCAGCGCCACGGCACGGUCACUUACCGACACAUGCAGAACUCUUGUUAUUUGGAUCAUCAGUCUUGGUCUUGGCUGGGAGAAGCUCGUCUUUCCGACUUCUCUGCUCCAAGUUCUCGGAUUCUCUCUUCUUGUUUAUGGCACGUUCCUGUUCAACGACCUCGUUGCACCACCUCCGUACUUGCCUGUUCCUCGCCAUGAGCCUGCACUCUCACGAGUGUCGGACGAGGAGGAACGGGAAGGUCUCUUGACAGGUCCGCUUGACGAGACGGCGGCACUUCCCGCAGACCUAGGCCAGAGUGGCUUCGAUGUCGUGCCCCCAGGUCAACAUGCCCUUGCACAAGGGGUACAUGUCACAAAGACGUCGACAACGCACUCGGAUUAG